AUGAUCAAACUCACUUUUCCCCAGCUUGCAGUGGCAUGUUUUUGUAGUUUUAGAUUCAACUUGUGUAAGAUGGGAAGGAAACCUUGUUGUGAUAAAGUAGGAUUGAAGAGAGGAGCAUGGAGCAUUGAAGAAGAUCGAAUGCUUAUGAACUUCAUCCACAGUAAUGGAAUAAAAUGCUGGCGACUUGUUCCUAAACUUGCCGGGUUGCUGAGGUGUGGGAAGAGUUGCAGAUUAAGGUGGAUGAAUUAUUUGAGGCCUGAUCUCAAGAGGGGUGCAUUUUCAGAAGCCGAAGAAGAUCAACUAGUUGACCUCCAUUCACGUUUGGGCAACAGGUGGUCCAAGAUUGCUGCACAUUUCCCAGGCCGUACAGACAAUGAGAUCAAGAACCACUGGAACACAAGAAUUAAAAGAAAACUAAAGUUCCUUGGUCUAGACCCUGAAGGCCACAAGCCGCCGAUUGAGCCAGCUGAGGAUUGUGAUGCAAAAGAAAACCCAUUUGCAGCCAUGAAAGAUGUGGUUGGCGACAUUAAUGUAGAGCUGAAAUUGCUAGAAAAUCCUGUCUCAAAGGAAGAAACUAGGAUUGAUCACCACCAUUCUUGCUCAGAUCAAAAUACCAGUAGCAAAGCUCUGAGAGAAGACUCCGAUUCUGGGUGGUCAAGUUUUCCCUCGCACACUGAUCUGCAAUCUGAUUCAUGCUUAUCAAGAUCGAUGGAAGAAUCUGCAGCCUGGUCCAACGAAUGGCCCAAUUAUGUCAAAUAUUUGGCCCAUUCAUUGUCUAGGCAUACAAUACUUUCUGGAGAAAUCCAGAGGAGUGCCAAAAUUCUUGCUGCUUCCAAUACCUUACCAUCUCCUUAUCAGAAAAAGGCUCUCCAGAAAUUUCUACUCUUCGCUUUAAAAUGA